AUGGAGUUUCAAGAAGCACUAAAAUAUAUUCCAUCUGGUUCAAUUAAUAGUAAUCCAAGUUAUAAAUUUAUAUGGAAAAAAAUUCAACAAUAUAGUCAAGAAAUAAACUCUUCAUCAUCGCUUUUAUUAAGUGAUUUAUUGUCGAGUCGUCAUGACCUUUCUAUUAUAUUUGAAAAAUCAUUAAUGAUAUUUUUAAUGAUCGAAAGUUUCAGUAAGCAAUACUCCAACUCAAGUUUUUUACAACAAAUCAUUAAUCAACCAAUAUUCCAAUCACAACAAAAAUCGUCCGAAUUGAAUCAAAUUUUAUCAGAUUCAAAUAAUAAAGAAUCAUUAAAAUCUUUAUUUCAUUUUUCAUCAAAUUUAAAUUUAACAAAAUUUAUUUCAGAUAGUUUAAAUAAUUUAAAUUUAAAUAAUAAUAUUAAUAAUAAUAAUAAUAAUAAUAACAAUACUAAUAAUGUUUAUAAUAAUGGUCAAUCAUUUAAUAGUUUUUUAAGUUAUGAAAACAUAUAUGGUAUUAAUCCAAAUAGUAAUAAUAAUAAUAAAAUUGUAAAUACACAACAACAACAACAACAACAACAACAACAACAACAACAACAAAUUAAUUUACAAAAUAGAGUUCAACAACAAUUACAACAACAAUACAUUCAAAAACAACAACAACAACAAAUCAAUAGUCAAAUUGCUCAACAUAUUUCCAAAGCAAUAAAUUCUAAUGGUAAUAUAACGUUAGCAAACCAACCCACUUUAAAUAGUAAUAAUGCAUCUGUUAAUACCAGUCCUGAAUCAACUACCGUCACUACCCCAGCAACUAUAAUAUCCUCUUCUAGUAUUGCAAGCUCCUCCGCCAAUACCACUACCAACAAUAGUAAUAACAAUAGUAUUAAAAUUAUAAAUGAGGAUGGUAUUUCAACAAAUAAAAGAAAAAGAAGACCAAGAGCACCAGCUCCAUUUUUAGAUUCUCUUUAUUGUCAUUCUUGUGGUGAAACUCAAACCUCUCAAUGGAGAAGAGGUCCUGAUGGUUGCAAAUCCCUUUGUAAUGCUUGCGGUAUAAGAUUUGCAAAUAUUGUUAGUAAAGAGAGAGCUUUAACUGUUAAAGAAAAAAACAUUUCAAUUGGUGCUUUAUUAAACGAAAGUGCUUCAUUAUCAUCAUCAUCAUCACCAUCACCACCACAAACUACAAACUUUAUAACAUCAUCUGCAUCAUCAACCAAUAAUACACCAAAUAUAUCACCAAACCUUAGAUCUGUUGACGAUAAAGAUCUUUUAAAUGUCAUAAACAAUCAACAAUCACACCCCAUUAAAAAUUCUAACCAACCAAUUGAAGGUUUUCCACCAACUUUAUUAGCCAAUCACAAUACAAUCUCACCAUUACCAAAUCAUCACUUAUCAUCCUCAUCAGAUUCUAUUGAGCUAAUAAAUAAUAAUAAUAAUACUUAUAACAACUUAACCGAAUAUUUACCUCCACCACAACCUCAAACAUCAGCUCAGCAUAGAGUUUCUGGUGGUAAAAGAAAAUUUGAAGAGAAUCCAGAAUAUUUGGAUGCACUAACAACAAUUGCUUCAAACGAAUCCUUUUUAAAUCAAAUUAAUGGCACAAAUGUAAAAUUAUAA